GUAGUAUAAAGAGACCGGAAAUUUACGAAUUUCUUAUAGUACUGGAUUUUCUCUCAGAAUUUAAAGAGCUAAGAAGAAGAAUGGGAGCUACGGCUAUUUUUGUAUAUUCUCAUGUGGGAUUGUCUCAUGAACGUGUAAUUGAACAAGAUACAAAUCCUGAGCACACCUCCAUCAUCAAAGAAAACUCUGUGAAUGGUUCCCAUUUUUACCAAGAUCUAUCAAGCUUUGGUUCUAGACAAAAUAAAAUAGUCCAUCAACAAUCAGAAGUU